AUGUCCCAGGCAGACUGGAGGAAGCAGCAGAGAAGAGAGGGGAAGAUGUGCGAGCUCGGCAGCCGGCCCGGCCGCCCCCGCGCGCCCUUGUGGACGCUGCAAGGCCGGGCGGGGAGCGCAUGCACGGCGCUCCGCAGCGCGCUCCCGCUCUGCCGCCAACAGCGACGGAGUCGCUCUCCAAAAGAAAACGAGUCUCUGAGCCCUGGGGGGCUCGUGGAGGCCAGAAAGUUUUGGCCUCAGGAGAGGCAGACAGGAGGGAAGGCGCAGGCCGAGCCGGAGGAGGAGGCUCCCGAGCGCUGCUCGUCACCAUCGCAGACCAACCUGCACGCUGCGCUGGAGGAAGCCGCGACGCGCGUCGACCCCGGGUACGCCACCACGGGCUGCUCGCUGACGCUCCACCACACAGAAAAGCCAGAGCACGAAGACAUCUGCGAGUACCGGCCCUACUCCUGCCCGUGCCCCGGCGCCUCCUGCAAGUGGCAGGGCUCUCUGGAGGCCGUCAUGUCGCACCUCAUGCACGCCCACAAGAGCAUCACCACCCUGCAGGGCGAAGACAUCGUUUUCCUGGCCACAGACAUUAACCUCCCGGGCGCCGUGGACUGGGUCAUGAUGCAGUCCUGCUUUGGCCACCACUUCAUGCUGGUGCUGGAGAAGCAGGAGAAGUACGAGGGGCACCAGCAGUUUUUCGCCAUCGUGCUGCUCAUCGGCACGCGCAAGCAGGCGGAGAACUUCGCGUACAGACUGGAGCUGAACGGCAACCGGCGCCGGCUGACGUGGGAGGCGACGCCGCGCUCCAUCCACGACGGCGUGUCCGCCGCCAUCCUCAACAGUGACUGCCUGGUGUUCGACACGGCCAUAGCGCACCUCUUUGCUGACAACGGAAACCUUGGGAUUAACGUGACUAUUUCUACGUGUUGUCCGUGAUGUGUCUGUG